ACAUAUGGAUGCCAGCUGCCGUCAACCGUAAAGAAGAAGAAGAAGACGAAGAAGAAGAAGAGUGACAGCAAGAAGUGUCCACGUCAACAUGGAGUCUUCGUGUCUGGAACCUUCACUCUACACAAUAAAAGCUCUUUUCAUUCUUGACAACGAUGGCAACAGACUUCUGUCAAAGUACUACGACCCAGACUUGUACUCCUCCAUGAAAGAGCAGAGGAACUUUGAGAAGAACAUUUUUAACAAGACUCACAAAGCCGACAAUGAAAUUGCUUUCCUAGAGGGCAUGACCGUGGUCUACAAGAGCAGUAUCGAUCUUUUUCUCUACGUGGUCGGCAGCGCUCAGGAGAACGAGUUAAUGCUGACGUCUGUCCUCAAUUGUCUCUUUGAGGCCCUUACUCACAUCCUCAGAAAAAAUGUGGAGCGCAGAAGUUUAUUGGACAACAUGGAAGGAGCAUUUCUUGUUGUUGAUGAAAUCAUCGAUGGCGGAGUGAUUCUGGAGAGCGAUCCUCAGCAGGUCCUCCAAAAGGUCAAUUACAAGGUGGACGACAACCCACUGUCUGAACAAAGUGUCGCCCAGCACAUCAGUGACAAACUGACUCUGACUUCUAAUGUACUGCAGUCAGCAAAGGAGCAGAUCAAAUGGUCCAUUCUGAAGUAAGAAGUACACAGUUUGUUUACAAAAAAACACCAAAGGGAAAAUCUUUCUGCAGUUUAUUUGUGUAUUACUGUCAUCGCACAACAUGAUUGUACUUAUGAAGUACUUUGUAAAAAAGGACAUUGUUGUGUACUACAUGUGUUUCAUGUACUUGUUACAAGUUGAAGUAUUGAAGAGGUAUAAUGUACAUAUUAGAGUUGAUCAAUAUUCAUUAUUGGGAAGCUAGAAGAAAAGUAUUUAAAUGUUACGUCCUUCAUAAAAAAAAUAUAUUUUGCAGUAUAAAAGUACAUGUAGAGAACUAAUAAAAUAUUUUUCUGC